CCACCACGAAACACUUGGCCAGGGUCACUUCGGCUUCCUUCGCCCAACCCAUCAUCCAGGUUUAGUCAAAUAACAAUCUUUGGUGGCGGCACAGGUAAGCUCUUACACAUCGAGUCUUGCGGCUGGACACUGAGCACUGACAACAUUGACAAGNCUACCAACCACCUGGUGGAUGUGUUUACAAACCUCGCUCAGGCGAACAACAGUGUGCUCAACUAUGUCAUCCCCAUCAGUGACAACGGCGGUAGUUCCAGCGAACUGAUUCGAGUCUUUGGCGGUCCUGGUAAAUUGGUUCGUCUGAUUCCCGACAAUGGCGACCCUCACUCUGAGGCCGCGUCCAUCAAAGCACUCUUCAAUCACCGUCUUCCUCCUGACCCAAAGGAGGCACGGCUAGAAUGGUUGGAGAUUGUCGAGUCUCUGCAUCCUUUGUGGUAUCAGAUCUCGACCCCUAAGAAGGAGCUGAUAAGAAGUUUUUUGAACUUGGUCAAUCAGGAAAUUGUGAAGAGGAUGAGACCGAGUUCAAGGUUCGACUUCUCGUCUGCAAGUAUAGGAAACCUGUUCUUGACUGGCUUAGAAUCCGCCAUCUACCUCCUCAGCAGCGUGUGCAACGUACCCACAUCCAUAACCGUCCUCCCCGCCAUAAACACAAACUUCUCACACCACAUCUCUGUCUCUCUGGCAGACGGCACACACAUCACAGGUCAAAACAACAUCUCCCACCCUCUAGCCCCUUCCUCUGCUAUGCCCGACCCCCAAGCCCCACCCUCUCCCACGCGCAUCCGCCGAGAAACCGAAGAACACGACAAUGUCGAAGAUGCAAAUCUACCUGGCUCAUUGCCUUCUCUCCGCCGCCCCGCCAUCAACUUCUCUAAACUCCAGGAAGAGGAUUUGCCGGCUAGGAUCCAGCGAUUGUGGUAUAUAAAUCCCUAUGGUCAGGAAAUGUCGCUGCCUGCGAACCCUCGCGUUUUGGAUGCUCUGGCUUCUUCCUCGACAGUUGUUUACAGUAUUGGUUCGCUCUUUACUUCCAUUAUCCCGUCGAUAAUUCUGCGGGGAGUGGGCAAUGCCAUUGCUUCCCCCAAUAUCCGCAAUAAGAUAUUGCUUCUCAACAGCAGUAUAGACAGAGAAACUGGUCCUUCAGCAACACCAUUCACGGCAAUGGACUUUGUGGCUGCGAUCGCGAGUGCUUGUGCAGAGAGUAGAGGACUGGGUAUACCAAAGGUCGAGGAGUACGGGAUUUAUGUCACGCACGUGGUGUAUAUGGAAAACCAAGGGGCGCCAAAGGUAGACAAAGCGGAAUUGGCAAAGGCAGGGAUUGAGGGUAUAAGAUUAUAUGGGUUGAGUGGGAGGUAUGAUGAUAGGGCAUUAGAGCAAGCAUUAAAGAUGGUGCUGGGUAAGGGUGAACAAGGGAAUGGGUUGAGUAGGAGGAAUACUCUGCAGAGAUAG